AUGGGCGGCAUAGGAAUUUGGUGUAUGCACUUUAUCGGCAAUCGUGCCAUCGUCCUGGGUGAAGGUCAGGCAGACAUUCAAGUCAUGUAUAAUGUCGCCUUCACGGGUACUUCUUUCGUACUCCCCGUCAUAGUACUGCUAUUUGCCUUCUAUGCCGUGGGGGUCGAGGAGAAGGCAGGCUAUCUUCGCAUCGCCAUCGGAGGCGUGCUCACUGGUAGCUCUGUCUGUGGUAUGCACUACGUCGGUCAACUCGGAAUAUCAAACUAUAGGUGCUCCUACCACGUCGCCAACGUCGUGGGCGCCGCGAUAAUUGCUAUUUUCUCCAGUACUGUUGCUCUGGGCAUCUUCUUCCGCUGGAGAGCAACUUGGACUGAUAGCUGGUGGAGACGAGGAAUUUGCGCUUGCUUAUUGGCAUGUGCUGUCUCGGGCAUGCAUUGGACUGCGGCCGUUGGAACGAUCUAUCAGGAUCACGACCGCAGGAUCAUGAUUGGAACUCAGUUGUCGAGGAGUCAGGUUGUUAUUGUUUGCACUGUUCUGGCCUGUGUUGCUUGUUUGAUUUUGUCGAUGUGCGCUAUUCUCGCUGGCCGAAAUCGCAGAAAGUCAACGACACGUGCCCAUCAGCUUGUUCUCGCCUGUGCCUACUUUGAUCCCUCUGGACGGAUCAUGGUUACGACGCAGGCUAUGCUUCCUACUAAGAAGAUUGUUGAUCAUUAUAUCGGACGGACAUUCAAAGACGAUGAUCUCACUCGUACCCACCCUACCUUCCUAUGGGCGUUUAGAGCAACUCGGAACUGGCCCGUCGUGAAAGACCUGGUUCCAUUUAUGCGAAACCGCCUUGAUUCCGAAGAAAGCGCCAUCGAGAAACACAUGCUAUCCCGAGGAGUGUUUAUGGACAAGGAUACUGAGUUGCAAACUGACUUUGAUACAUUGUUCAAGCAACUCUUUUGUGUCACAGCCCAAGAGCUCUCAGAUGAACUUCGUCUGCCUCUCCAAGACCUCGGUACACUAUACGACGAUGUUCUCUCCACUGCUAUACCCAUCUCCCGAAUUUCUCGAGCCAUGGGCCGCUCGUCCCUCCGCACUGGCAAGGGACAAGUGAUGUUCACCGUUCGCCAGCUACAGAAGCAAGAAGCAGCGCGCCUAAAAUCGCAAGGAUUCCGCUUCGCAACCAUCGAGCAUGUCACAGGAAUGCUUUCCCGACGCAUCCACGUGCCCGAAGCAAACCUAACCACCGCUCUCCGCGAUAUGCGCGACUACGCAAGCUCAAAUCGCGGCUUCGACGAGGGAGUCCACCUCGUCUCCUUUAUGAUGCGCCCAACAAUCCACGAUCACUUCGAGAUCCUCACCGCAAAGGGCGUCGGCAACCCCCUCCCAUCCUCAACCCUCCCAAUGAAACAACUCCAAGUCCACCACCUAGAACUCAUCUCCCACAUGGAAGGCUGGUCCAUGGACGUAUGUAUGCGAUAUCUCGAGUCAGCCGCCGCAGCACAAGCCUUCCCAACCCUAUCCGAAUUCCGCACCCACCUCACCAAAGCCAUAAUCUCCCUCUCGAAAACCAUCCCAGAAGACAUGCGCGCAGCAGCACAACUCUCUUCCCGCCCAUUAACAGCCCCCUGCCGCAGCGGACCAUCCAGCAGCGGGCCCUCCAACCCCGAAACCGCAGUGCAAAACAGCUGCACCCUCCUAGCCUUCUGCGUCGUCGGCACACUCGACACCCAGAUCUCUAACCCGGACUACACCUUCACGCCCUUCCGCCUCUUCCGUGUCCAGCAACAAAUAAACGAAGCCCUCACGGACCGCGACGACUUCGCCCGCGAACUAGGCCAAGAACUCUUCUGCACAGACGUGCGCUCCGGCUCGACUGCCAGCGAGAGCGAUCUCACCUCUACUGCCAAAAUGGCCAUUCUGCGUCUAUGGUCGUCGCGCAAGAGCCUGCCGCCUUCGACAUCGGGCUCCGGCUCGCGAAACUCCCUGGAGUCGUUUAUGGAUCCUACGGCGACUGCGUUGCGGGAUAUCACCGUUCGCAAGGAGGUUCGCGUUGAUUUUACCCAUCUUCAUGAGAAUUCCAAUCCGAAUAAUCUCAGUAAUCGGGAUAUGAAGGUGGUUGUUUCUGGUGGGAUGGAAAAUACACCUGCGAGUUAUGUCGAUGAGUUGUAUAGCCUUUGCUAUUCACCUGGUAUUCGGUUGAGGCCUGAUGCGUCGUUGCAGAAUAUCUCGCGUGGAUCGACUGCAUGCUGA